GUGCAGCCAACAGUGAAUGUGGAUUUCGGAUGAUGGUGAAGAGGGUCAAGAGACCAAACAUAUAGUAGUAAUUCGUAUGGUGUAAUCAACACAGAAGUUGUGCUGACGAAAAUAAAAAUAUAAUUUCGUUAUUGAAGUCUCCUCCUGAUAAUCCACGGCUCAAGUACAUAAACACACGGCAGUCAUUUUUAUACGUAAGCAAGAAAUUUGGUAAACUCGAAAUACAGCACUAAAGCACAAACUGUUAAACAGAAAAGCUGUAUUAAUAAUGGGAAAGGAAACGUUCACCAUGAAAAUGAGAAGAGCAACCAGGGAAAUUCAUGCAAUCAGUGACGCGUUAGUCAACGCCAAACUUGCUUUUGCCCUUUCAGACAACCAUGUGUGGGCUGAAGGUUUGCUGGUAUUUUAUGAAAUAUUUCGCUGCCUUGAAGAGGCCAUGGUAUCCUUAAAAGACACUCAUGUUGGGGAACUUCAUAUUGAAGGUAUGCAGAGGACAGAAGCAUUUGAGAAGGAUUUAAGUUUCUACCUGGGCCCUGACUGGAUGAAGACUUAUAAACCCAGGGACAGUGUAACAGAAUAUCUAAUCCAUUUGAAGAAACUUCAAAGUUCUGAUCCAAACCAACUUAUUGCAUACAUAUACCAUUUAUACAUGGGUCUUCUGUCUGGUGGCCAAAUUCUUAGGAAAAAACGUGCUGUGGUCAAGAAGUUCAUACCAUUUUCAAGUGAGCAGACAUAUCAAGAUGCAGUGACACAUUUUGGAGCUGUCAGUAUAUCGAAACUGAAAAGGGAUCUUGUGGAAGCAGUGAAUCGAAUUGCAGAAGGUUUGGAUGAUGAGACCAAAGAGAAGUUAAUUAAAGAAAGCAAAACUGUAUUUCUUAUGAAUAAUAAGGUUAUUAGAAGUAUUGAAAGUGCACAGGAAGUAAUCCUGAAAAAGCUGUUAACAAUAAUUAUUGUUCUUUCACUCGUUGUAAUCUUAUACUACAUCAUAUUCUGAAGUAUGAAAUGUUAUGCAAAAUAAAUGCAUGUAGUUUUAUAAUAUAAUUAAAGUAACUUUGCAUGUAUCAGUGCAUGUACAAUAAACAGGACAAUUAAAUAACACUUAUAUAA